CAGCCAUAACUCCCGGCAGGCCGUGUCAAACGCCAGCUGGCAGGCGCGGAGGGGAGGCCAGCUCCGCCGACGCUUGCAGCUCCGUGGCGGGUCUGCCGGGGACGGAGGCGGCGGAGGAAGCCGUAGCGCAGCCCGCUCUAGGGCUCCCGAGCCCAGAUAUUUCUGUGGAGAAAAAAAGACUUGGCAAAAGAUGGCUCUAUUGAAAUGCGGCUGGCUCUGGAGACAGAGUUCUAUUCUGCGACGCUGGAAAAGGAACUGGUUCGUGCUGUGGGCGGACGGCAGCCUCGUCUACUACCAAGAUGAUACCGGCCGCGAAAUGGACGGAAGAAUUAACAUCAGAUCCAAUUGCCGAGACGUCAGGACAGGCCGCGAAUGCCGUGAUAUCCAGCCUCCGGAAGGGAAAACCCGGGAGUGCCUGUUGUGCGUUGUGCAAAGGGCUGGGCCCAAGACCAUGCUGUGCGCUGAGAGCGAAGACGAUGCGUUAGCCUGGAAGAUGGCCAUUUUGGAAGCGAAAGCAACCCAGGUUCACCUCUACGACCCUUACGAUGACUACUACCAAACGGUACCCCUGGACUCGUACCAGGCGAUGUACGUCAGCUCGGAUUAUCACGGCCACUCGUAUAUCGCCCCUGGAACGACGCACGUCAUCAUCCGCGAAGACCCCCACCGCGUGUCCGGAGAUCAGAUGGCCCUGGGCCUCCUCGCCGGAGCAGCCACGGGCGCCGCUUUGGGCUCGUUCAUGUGGAUGCCUUGUUGGUUCUGACCCUCUGCUUUUUGGUAGACCGGCCAGCCCGGCCUGGCUGACCCCCUCCCCUUCUUUUUUCCAGGCAAGACCCCCCCUAUUUCGAAAGCAAAGAGGGAAAAACCGACGGGUCUCUUGGCACAUAGACUCCCGGGAAUUCUGCAAGAUUUUUGGGAAGGUUUUUAAGCACCUGCUGUGUUAACAGUAACUUAGUUCCCAUGUUGCACUGCUAGGCACUCCCUGGUUCAUUUUAAGACUCCCGGGGGCAGAUCUAGGGCUAGUUAGGAGGCCGCUGACCCUGCCCCAAGUCUAUAGGUCAGCAUUUGGUUUGAGAAAGCUGUAGUAGGGUUAUGUAGGAGGAACCACCAGCUUGGAAAUCCAUUCUAGACACUCUCAUAAAAUCCCUUUCUGCACUAGCCAUGUUCCUGUAACCUCCUUAGCCAAGGUGGAAUCCCAGUUAAGUCUUUUUUUUUUUGCAGCUCAGGGCUGAGUCUUAAUGGGUUUUCCGUAACCAGGUUCGGCGUGUUGUGUAUGUGUAUGCGGCUUCCCUUUGGGAUGUCCGGCUUGUUGGAUUCGCAAGCGAAAUGGUGCCUCGCGCAAUGUCCUUGCAGUGGCGCGUUCUCAGCGUCUUCCUGCUCAGAUCAUGUGUCUUGGCUGUUCUUCUCCAGGGUAGUGCCCCCCCUUUCCACCAGGGUACGAUCAGAAAAGUCCAGAUGGGGCCACAACGGUGCAACAGAAACUUCGUUAAGUUUUUUGUGGCUGCACAUUACAAAAAAAACCCCAGAUUUAACUGCAUCACUGAGUGGAAUAUUGGAUCAUUAUUAUUUUUUUUACACCAUAGGAAAUUGUGUUAAGUUUUUGUGGCUGCACAUUACAAAAAAAAAAACAACCCAGAUUUAACUGCAUCGCUGAGCGGAAUAUUGGAUCAUUAUUAUUUUUUUUACACCAUACCCUGUGGGUACAAUUCCUUUGCCCGCCCUUUUUGGCCACCUUCCUAUUUCCUCCACUUCUUAUGUUAGAAGAUCUCCAAGUUAUGUGAAGUUACUGCAUCCUGGUCCCUGAGGUAGCUACCGCAGCUCCUGUCCUGCCUUCUUGGCCCCGUUGGCUGGGGAUAAUGGGCGCACACUACCAUAGGAAGGCUUGGAGAAAUAUGGUGCAAAACCGGAGCGAUCUCCAAUUGGUUUCCAAGCAGACGGGAAUCUCGCAGAGCUGUUUGUGGAUGCAUAAAGUCAUCCUUUUUCUAAAACAGGUUCAUCUCUGUGCAGGAGCAAAGUAGAUCCUUCCCAGAGCGCUUUUGAGAAAGAAUUGUGGGUAAACAUGAGGGGGAAAACUUUCAUUUCUCACACACCAAAAUUUUACUUAGGGUUAUUCCCGUGUCUGCCACAAAGAUCUCUCCCCCCCACCAGGUGCUGGUUCAUCCUUGGAAGGCGUGCAAACACAGCCUUCGCACAGACCCUUUUGUGGGGUUGGCGCAGCUAAAUGACUGAAACACUGCCAGGUCAGCACAAGAGAGAUUUCUGGGCCAAAAAAAACCUGCACAAAAGUCACAAUUGCUAGCAGUAACAUGGCUGUUGAGUCACACCCCAGUAAAUACUUAUAAUAAUAAAGUUGGAAGGGACCUUGGAGGUCACCUAGUCCAAUCCCCUGCUCAGGCAGGAAACCCUAUACCAUUUCGAACAAAUGGCUGUCCAGUCUCUCCUUAAAAACUUCCAGUGUUGGAGCAGUCGCCGCUUCUGGAGGCAGGUGGUUCCACUGGUUAAUUGUUCUUGCCAGACCGCUCCUGGUUGUAAGGGUUACUUUACCCUCGUUUCCAGAUGAACUGAUCGCUUUCUUUACAGCAGUGACCAAUUUUUUUUUUUUUUUAGGGAAAAAAAGAAAAAAAAUCUUACCAAAGGCAAAAUUGAAUCCUGCAAAUAUAUAUAUCCAAAUUUCUUUUUCUGACAAAGAGUUAAAGAAUUAAAUUAAAUAUAUAUAUAAAUUCCCUAGUUGUUCAGAGGGAGCAUUUCCUGCACAUAUCCAUGCACACCGCGGAAUGAGAGUUGCACACGAAAUUUAGUCGAUUUGCAUUGGAAGAGAACGGCUCGCGUUUUAAAAGAAGCCACCGGGAAGCGGUGCCCACGGUUCUCGAUGGUCGUUUUUUUUUUUUUUUUAGCCAGUAGUGGCUUUCCUGGGGGUAUCCCAUCCCUGUGGCAGAGUCUGCUUCAGAUGGUGGGUUGGGGGCUUCCCAAGCAAGCCAGGAAGCGGGCCAGCCGGGCCUCCCCCUGUAGUCAUGUCAAAAACACACCUCGCUUCGCUUCUCUACGCACCACGCAGCCAUUCACAUCCCAGUUGUGUCUGUUAGUUUGCCGUUUGAUUCCAUCAAACGCUUGAAGCACUAAUAAUAAUAAUAAUGUAUAUUUUGGAAGAAAAGCUAUUUAAGGAUUAAAAACAAAAUGCUCUUCAACGCAGUGGCCGUUUUUUUUUUUCUGUUCUUCCGCAACAUCAGAUUGCAAUCUUGUAGUUUUUUUCCCUUCUGGCUUGGCUGGGUGCCAAUCAGCUGCUAAGCAGUACCUGUUGAAUAUCCACUUUUUUCUCAAGAGAGUAAAUAAGCAUUAUUAAGGCGAUGCAGGCUCCUAAAUUCAAAAGGCUGUUUUAGCCUUGGGCCUCUGCUCCCCCCCCCAAAUUGUAUUUAAAGUUCAUCUGCAUUUAACUUAAUUAGGGAGCAUGAGAGCCUAGUGGGGGGGGGGAAGUACCAGGAUUGUCAUUUACACGUGUGUUUAAGAGAAGAAAGGAAAUUGUCUUUAUUUUCCAAUUAGUUCCUCUCUCGGUAUGUAAAGAGCAGACUAAAUAAUAACAUUUGGCCUUCUGACAAGUUCAUAAAGCUGCUGCAUUCAGUCAACAGGUCUGCUGCUCAAGUAAUGUGAAAAAGCCACUCUUGAAACUGUAAUUUACAAAUGGUGGAUAAUGCACACACGCACACACACACAAAUUCCUGGUCGCAAAAAAGUAUUGCUGUGCAAAAUGCAGAAAAGGAAUGAAAAGGAGCAAAACAAAGAUGACACAAGAAAAAAAAAAAAAAAGGAACUAGCUAAAAUCUGGUUCACGACCGAAGGCGAAUCUACGUGUCCCGGGAUAACGCUGCAGGAGCCAAUCUGGGUGGGUCACCGGGACCAAAGGUUUUGUCUUCUGAGCUGCGUGCUCUGGGCUGUUGUGCGUGUGAUAUUUAUACGGAUGCCAGGUUGCAUGUGGCUUUUUAGAUGUUGUUUGGGGUGUUGGCUAAGCGGUUGUCUUGUUGUUUCCUUGUGCUGCCCAGCCCUCGCCUAAGUAAUUGAUAGGCUGGUGGUAAAUCAGACCGAUUGAAAGGGACCCAUUUCCCAGGCUGUUUUUGUACCUGCCCACCCAACAAUCUGAAUAGCUGCAAAUCUAGUUCACGCUUCACUGUACCCGUUUUUUUGUGAAGCAGCUUUACAAGUAGUCCUCAACCACCACAAUUAGGACCGGGAUUUCUGUCGUUGCGGUCGUAAGCAGAAUCAAGACCCCAUUUUUUAAUGUUGGUUAAGCGAAUCGCUUAACGACUAUGCUGGCUGGGGAAUUGUGCAAAUUGAAGUCUGCCCACCUUAAUGUGGGCAAGGUUGGGAAACUCCAGUCCUACUUGGGAGUUGCACACUCGCUUCCUGUUUGGAGGCCAAAGAAUGAGUGUGAUGCUCAGCUCCGGCGCCGAGUUCGAAACAAGCCAGAACUACCGAGGCCGGCGAUGGGGAAGGGAGCAGAAGCAAAAGAAACAAAAGGGAGAAACCUUUUUUUUCUCUCAUAGUGUUUUGAUUAGAUACUUUAUUGGAAGCAAAAAAUUCUGUGCAUGUUUUAAAAAUCUAACCCGUGUACACAUUUAGUUGCUCAAAGAACCCAAACCACGGAAAACUCAAAAAGUUAUUCAAAAGCAGCGAGAUGGGAUUCUUUUCUUUAAAUUUCCGCACACGUAGAGUAACGACGAUACAAGGAAGAGAAAAGAAAAAAGAAAAGAAAGUAGCCCAGUCUCUUUGAGUUUCUUUUCAGGAUUAAGUUCAUCGUCGGUUGCCGUAGUUUAAACAUUUAUUUCUAGACAUGCUACUUUGAAGAAGAAAAAAAAAAAAAAAAAAGGAAAAAAAAAUCACCUCUUCAAUAUUGCAUUAAAAGCAUCUGUAGGUCAAUCUGCCCUUUUAACAUGAGAUUAUGCAAAAUCACUGGAAACUCAAGUCAAAAGUAAUGAAUUUGCCAUUUUUGACUCCAACAAUGCAAAGGGGGGGAUUUUGCGUUGAGGCCUUUUCAAAAACCAGCCCUUGCAAGGAAAAAAGGGAGCGUUUCCCACAUCGCCCCUCCCUUCCACAAACUCUCCUGGCAAACAAUGUAUUUACAAUUGUGUUAAACUUCUGUAGCAACUUCACAAUGACUAGUACAGAUUAAGAGUGCACUUCUGCAGUGUGUGUGUGUGUGUGUGCACGCGCGUGUGUGAGACAGAAUAUGCAUGUCUGUGUUUCCUAAAUCGUGGAAUCUUGCAACAUUGCCAAAGCUUUAAAUGGAAAAAAAAAAA